AUGCGGAGAUUAGCCGAUGGUGUCCCUCCCAAUCCGUACCUCUUUUGUGGCCGCUGUGGCAAGGCCGCCAUGCAGGACGAAGACACAGCUUCCGACACAUCCCUGAUCCCCCCCGCACAUCCACCCUGCUGGUCGGAUGCCCUGMCACAUACCAACCAUGUCGAUUUGUUCAGAAAGGCGGACUAUGCAUCCACUCCACUCGGACCCAUCUCCGACUGGCCAUUAUCACUGCGGAACUAUGUCUUCAUGGUAUUCACAGACAGCAGAGCGGCCUGCGUGUAUUGGGGCGAGGACAAGAUUGCCAUAUACAAUGACAAAUUUGCAGUGACUGCGGGGAAGGCGCAUCCAGGCCUUGUUGGUAAGGGUUUCCAAGAUGGCUUCCCAGAGUUGUGGCCCCAGAUGAAGGGAGUGUUUGAUCAUGCUGCCGCAUCUGCUCAAACAGUCGAUGUAGACAACAUACUCCUCUUCCCCGAGCGAAAGAGAGGUUUUCCGGAGGAAACCUACUGGAUCGGACAGUUCAUCCCUCUGCGGUGUGAUGACGGUACCAUCGGAGGCUUUUACAAUACCGUCUACGAGAGCACUGACAGGAUCCUUCAUGAGCGACGUCGGCUGGUCGUUGAGGAAAUUGCAGCCGUGCCAACGAAUUCGGUCUACGAAACCAUUACCCUUGUCAUUGCGGCGCUUAAACGGAACCCCAACGACAUAACAAUGUGCUUGCUGUACUCUCACGUCGAGACAGAAACUGACGAUGAGCCGAAUCUGCACUGUGUUGGAAGAAUAGGUGUCGAAGACGACGAUCCAUGUGCACCUCAAGAGGCAAAUCUGGAGAGAGACCGGAGUGGAUUUGUUAAGCACUUUCAGAAAGCCCGAGAGACGGGCACGCCAAUUAUUCUCAGCCAGUCUGAUGGUAGCCUUGGCUCUGUGGGUCCGCUUGAUAGGAUCUCCUGGUGCGGCUAUGGUGAGCCUUCGAUGGACGUCACCAUCCGGUCCCUGUCCAGCGGAGGGAAUCUUCUCGGCUUCAUCGUGGWGGGAAACAAUCCUCGGAGACUGUACGAUCAUUCCACCGAAAGCAGUAUCAUCGACAUGGCCCGACAGAUAGAAGCGAAAUGGGCUGCUUCCAUCUCUGCCGAACAGUUCAAAGCAAGAGAAAGAAUACUUGAGCAGCGAGCAAUGAACAGUGAGAGCAAGCUGCAGCACAUGGCAAAAUAUGCACCAGUCGGCUUUUGCCAGUUCGGCCAAGAUCGCAGGAUUCAGUUUGCGAAUGAUCAGUUCUAUGAAAUCACCGGUCACGAUCGGACAAGACCGGACAUGAGUGACUUCUUCCAGGCGUUGCAUCCGGGUGGAGGUGCUAUAGUCGAGGCCGWCAUGAUUAGAUUACUGGAUGGGUCUCCACGAAUUGAACGGGAAAUUCGUCUUCGAAGAGCAUUCACGCCACCCACUGCGGGUGCAGAAGAAUGCUCGGCGUGGAUUUUGACUUCGUCCUUUCCGCUAUUCGGGGAGAGCGGUACGGUCAAGCUGGUCAUGACCUACAUUCUAGAUAUAUCUCAUCAGAAAUGGGCUGAGUCAGUGCAAGCACAGGUUGCUGCCACGGCUUUGAAUGCCAAGCGUCAACAAGAGGAGUUCAUCGAUACGACCAGUCAUGAAAUGCGCAACCCCUUGACGGCCAUACUACAACUAGCGGACGGGAUCUCCCAAAGCAUGAAGGAACAUCACGAGGACCCGGCAGACUACUUGGCCAUUGUCAAAUCCAACGUGGACUCGGCAAACACCAUUCUUGCGUGUGCCGCUCAUCAGAAGCGCAUUAUAGACGACGUGUUGAUCCUGUCCCGUCUUGAAUCCGACAUGCUAUCCUUCUCGCCACUCUCCACGUCUCCCAUCUCAGUCGUUCACACUACUCUCCGAAUGUUUUCCGGCGAGGUGAAGAUGAACGGCGUCUCGAUCGAGCCAGUGCAAGAUUCAUCAUGUGAUGAGCUUGGCAUAUCCCACGCACUAUUAGAUCCUUCUCGACUGGCGCAAGUGCUCAUAAAUCUCGUGGGAAAUGCRAUCAAGUUCACCGUGAACCGGCCGUCUCGCAAGAUUUGCGUGAGAUACGGUGCUUCGGAAGGCCAGACGCCUGUGCUACACACUGCUUUCGGACGGCUGGAAUGGAGCACCUGCCGAAGCGAUCAUCUGGAGAACAGCAUUCUGCCGCCUUGCAGCGCUGGGGAGAAGCCGCUUUAUCUAUGGUUCUCCGUGGAAGAUUUCGGACCUGGAAUGACCUCAGAAGAGAAGAAGAAGCUCUUCAAACGCUUCUCCCAAGCAAAUCCACGUACCCACAUAGAGUAUGGUGGCAGUGGUAUAGGACUCUACAUUUGUCAAAAACUGGUUGAGAAACAGGACGGCGGCAUUGGUGUUGCAUCAUGUCUAGGACAAGGGUCGGCCUUUGGAUUCUAUAUCGAAACAAGACGUGCCCAGCAGCCAUCAAAAGGGAGCCCGCGACGGCUCAUACCACCACAAUUGCCACGGCGAUCAACCGACAGAUCAGGCCUUCCGGCACUUGCUCUGAACCCUGAGUUGAGUGAAGCAGUGCCUGAGAUAUYGACACGGCCACACACGGAACCGGAUCCAAGCAAGUUCAACUUGCUGUUGGUUGAGGAUAAUUUGAUCAAUCAGAGGAUUCUAGCCAAACAGCUCCGCUUCGCGAAAUGCACAGUGACCGUUGCCAACCAUGGCAAGGAAGCUCUUCAGCUUCUCGAAACAUCAGACAUGUGGGUGAGGACAUCCAGUCAUCAUGCAUCCAUCAAAGUGGAUGUCAUUUUGCUUGAUUGGGAGAUGCCAGUCAUGAACGGCCUGGAAUGCUGCCAGCAGAUACGGCAGUUGGAAAAAGAUGGACACAUCAMGCGAAGUGUCCCCGUGAUAGCCAUCACAGCGAAUGUUCGCCGGGAGCAAGUGGAACGAGCCAUGCUGGCGGGAUUCGACGCAGUGAUGCCCAAACCUUUCACCGUCGCAGAACUGCUGGAGAGGAUAAGAGAAGUGGCUGACUCGAAGCAAAACGGAAAAAUCACGACAGAUGUGUAG